UAACAUGUGAUUCAAUGUUUGACAACACACUGUACUGUAGUUUGAAAUUUAAAUUUUAAGUUAAAUUAUCCAUAAGUUUGGACAUCGAUUGACAAUAAGAUCCCACAGAAACAACUACUAUAAGACAUUAGACAUUUGAAACGAUCAAACAAUAUGCCAGGAUUUGAGCUGAUAUUCAUUACAAGAAGACUCAAUAGAACUGAUUUAAAAUCAUGUCUUAAGAGGACUGGCGAACUCAUACUCAACUCUAAUGGUAUCUUAAGAAAGAUUGAGAACUUAGGGACCAGAGGUUUGCCGCAUAAAAUCAGUUCAAAAAUUCCCGGACAGAAGGCACAGACUACGGGAAACUAUUUUGUGUAUCACUUGGACGUACCUCCGCUGCUCAUCAACGAGAUUCACAAAUCGGUACGAAUGGACACCGAUAUAAUGAAAGUACAUUUUACCGAAAAGACCAAUAAAGUGGCCGAUGAUUAUGUUUGUACACUCGAUGAUGAACACAAACCACCGAUGCUUAGGCCUAGUGUUCAGUCGUUGUUCCGACAGAAUGAGGAACGGCUAAGAAAAUCAAAGAAAGUGAUUUCAAGAGAUAAUGAAUGAAUGGUUUAGUUGGACAACAAAAAUAGUCAUUUAAGUGUCGGACAAAACAUUUUG